CAGUUGUGCCACUUGCUAUUUAAUUAAAGAGGCGGAAGGCGAGCAGAGUGCCCCGCUCGCCCGUGAAUCAGUGGAGGCUGGGCCGGAGGGCGAGGAAAGUUUCCCCCACCUCUUCCUCCUACUUCACAGCCGUUGAUGGUUGCAACUCAGCCCACACUUCGGAAAGACGAAAGAGGGCUGAUCGAGCGAUGGCUUUUAAUGUCCAGGACAGGAGAGCUCCCGGCGAAGCUUUCCAAGAGCUGGCCUCAGGCUGCAAAAAUUCUGCCGGUGAAGGCGGGGUGGGGCCCGGGGGAGCGCGUUGAUGCAGAGGAUUUGCAAAAAGCGGACUUUGCGAGCGCCAACUUUAAAAUACUAUAUCGCACGUGGGUAAAAAAAAAAAAGCGGCGGCGGCGGCGAGAAGCGUAAAGGGUCCUCGCGCGCCUCUCCUCGAUUGGCUGCCGUUGCCCUUCCAAUUCGUUUAAAGGACUCCUGCCUGCUGCGCACCCCGCCACGUUUUUAUUGCCGUGCGCGCUUCUCCCCUCGACUGUUUCAACCCCUGCCGGUUUCAAGCCUCGCCCUGUCGGCGGCCGAAAAGUCCUCCUCCUUUUACCCCACACACGCCUCUUCUGAUUGGCUCGGCUUUUUCGCGGCUUUCUCCAGCUCGCCCCGCCAUUGGCUAGGGUCGGCGUGGAGUUGGAACGUUCGUAAAAGCGAAGGAAUUCAAAGGCGCACGCGGUGGGGGGGAGGAGCGCCAAGCGGCCACACACAUACACACAAACACACGCGAGGCAAUAUUUGGCCGGAGAGGACCCGACUUAUCAGGCCAUGCUCUUGGCUCAAGGCCCUAUUUGCCACCAGGGUCCCGAAGGGCCGCCGACCGCCGAUGCCGCCGAAGAGGCGCCUCGCUCCGCGGGGAAGGCGACCUUGGAGACGCGCUACCGCUUGGGAGCGUUGAUUGGGAGCGGCGGUUUCGGCACCGUCUACGCGGGGACCCGGCUCAGCGAUUCUCUCCCGGUGGCCAUCAAAUAUGUUGCCAAAGACAGAGUCUUGCAAUUUCAACACAUGAAUGGCACCCUGGUCCCGCUGGAAGUCGUGCUGCUGAAGAAGGUGUCUUCGCCGGGCUGCCGAGGCAUCAUCCGCCUCCUGGAUUGGUUUGAGCAGCCCGACGCGUACUUCAUUGUGAUGGAGCGCCCCCUCGUCUCCCAGGACCUGUUUGACGUCAUCACCGACAGGGGCCCGCUCCCCGAAAGCCUGGCCGCCAGCUACUUCCGGCAAGUGGUGGAGGCGGUGCGCCACUGCCACCUCUGCGGUGUUUUGCACCGAGACAUCAAGGACGAGAACAUUCUGGUCGACCUCCUGCAGGGAGACCUAAAGCUCAUAGACUUUGGCUCGGGGGCGUUGCUUCGGGAUGCCCCCUAUACAGAUUUUGAUGGCACCCGGGUAUACAGCCCUCCUGAAUGGAUAAAAUACCACCAGUACCACGGCGUGUCUGCCACUGUCUGGUCUUUGGGAGUGCUGCUCUAUGACAUGGUGUGCGGGGACAUCCCUUUCGAGCGCGAUGAAGAUAUCCUCCUUGGGAAACUCCACUACCCCUGCAGGGUAUCCUCAGACUGCCGUCACCUGAUUGAGUGGUGCCUCUCGCUUUCCCCGGAGAACCGGCCUUCCCUGGAGCAGAUCUUGGCCCAUCCUUGGCUCCUUGCCUUCUCGGAACAAGGUGGACGCAAAGCCCAGCAGCCCACAGUCCCCAAAGCUGGCACGAGCCUGUGACUCUGGUAGCCUCUGGACAGCAGCACUGGGGCGGGCCAUCGCAGAAGGGGAUGGACGUAGCUCGGUUUCUCCUGCGACGACGGGCUGACGUACUCGUUGCCUUGUUAUUCCUGCUGUUAGCUGAGUUCCUGCCCGUGGGGAGGGGGGUGACUUGUGAAAUCCCAGGUCUGUGGCAGAGACGCUGCCCACCCCAACUGGACAGGGGGUCUGACGUGCAGCCCCUGACCCCCCCAAGACAAAAGAGACCAAUGAGCACUGCUCUGUUUACACAAGGACUGUCCCCGUUCACCAGCGGGGGCUGCAGAAGACUGGCGGCGAGUGAACAGUGUUUAAAGCUGCCCGUGCCGGCAUCCUCUUGUUACGCCUUUGUCAGUAUUGGGAGUUUGGUGGACCCCUGGACCGACCUUCAGGCACCAGGACUGGAUCGGCGUUUUGAUGUGACGCGGGUGCCGGGGGUUGUUUCUUCUGGUGGUCAGCUUCUUAUUUAUUUGGCAUGACGUUCCUUUGGUGGGGAGCCCCGGGUCCUUCCUUCCUUCCUCCUGUUUUUUUUUUUUCUAGGCCAUCAUCUACCUGCUGUGGUUUUUUUGGGCGUAGAAACGUUUUCUCCGGCCCAGCCGGGAAAGUGACAUGGUUAUUGUGAACAGCCCCCAUGCUUCCAUUCCUGUCCAGCCAUUCCAAGUCUGAAUCCAGUUUCCUCUAGUGCCUUGACUUGGUGGGGUGUGUGAAUAUAUAUGUGUGUGUGUGUUUUACCCCCUCUUCCUUUCACUUGGGGGAAGUUAAAGGGGUGGCAGGGGGAAAGCAGGCCCCACUUAACCUCAUCAAUAAGUGAAAACGAGAAAAAUAAUAAAUCCAUGAGUUGCUGGGUUUCUUUGUCGGAGUUGAUCAAAACCCCUGGUGCCAGGACUGUCCCGUACAAAUGAGGACCUGGAGUUGUGUUUGCCGCUUCUAACUUGAAAGGCAAAUCGAAGGAAGAUUUUGGAACUUCGGAAAGCACUGGCGCUAGAUAUUUUCGACCUGCCAGCCAGCCAACCACUGACAGAUUCUUAGAAUCUGAGAGAAGAAUAGGAUCCCAUACCAUUGACUCUGAAUCUUGGAGGUAUGUUUCCCUUGGGGCACCUGAAAUGAUUAGGCCCCAUGCCUCCUUGUCUUUUUAAUGGGAGGUGGUUCAUCAAAAGAGUGCUGGCAGGGCCUUCGCCAGCUCCUUGCAUUGGCCCCAGAGAGAGUCUGGGAUAUGUAUUUUUAAGGAUAGCUAUAGUGGGGCCCAGCCUCUGGCAGAUUCAAGCCUGAGUGGCGGAACAAUGCCCUUCUCUUAGCCCAAGUCUCCAAUCCCUGUAGAAUUUUAUUUAUGUCAAAUCACAGGAGGAGAGGCAGAUAUUGGCGCUAGGGGCCAUUAAGUCUGACAGUGGCAAAUUGACUUUAGGCCACAUUCACUGUACAUUUCAGACACCGUGAUACGCUUUUAAACAUUCAUGGCUUUUUCAAGAGAAUCCUGUGAGCUACAGGUUAAGGGUGCUGAAAGUUGUUAGGGGACCACCCCCAAUUCCGCUACAGUUCCCAGAGUUUCCUGUGAAGAGGGAUUUAAUCUCGUUGAAGGGACUAUUGGUUUCUUAACAACUCUCAGCGCCCCUUAAACUGCUGCUCCCAUAAUUCUUUGGGGGGGAAGGGGAGCUAUGGUUGUGCUUUUAACACACAAUGUGUAGUGGUCUUGGAUGUUCAUCCAGUUAUGUCCUCAUUAGAGAGGAGAGCCAGUGUGGUGUAGUGGUUAAGAGCGGUAGACUAGUAAUCUGGGGAACCGGGUUCUCGUCUCCGCUCCUCCACAUGCAGCUGCUGGGUGACCUUGGGCUAGUCACACUUCUCUGAAGUCUCUCAGCCCCACUCGCCUCACAGAGUGUUUGUUUUGGGGGAGGAAGGGAAAGGAAAUUGUUAGCCGCUUUGAGACUCCUUCAGGUAGUGAUAAAGCGGGAUAUCAAAUCCAAACUCUUCUUCAUUAGCCAGGCAUCCACAAAUCACGGCCAGCCUUAAGAAGCCAACCUAUUGCGUGCUGGUCACAAACAUGCCCCUCUGCAGUACGAAAGGGACACAGGUCUUGCAUGACGCCACGCUGUGUUCAAGAUAGCUUCCUUUUCCCAGCUCUUGCAUUGGAAAGGAGAGCCAGAGCUCAACCCUCUUUCCUGAACCUCCAAGACCUUUGGGGAGAAGUGAAGAAGCCUUUUGCAAGUGUUUCCAGGGCUCAGUGUGGCAACGAGACUAUUCCCCCCUCACACACCCACUAAGGACGAUGCUUCCUUUGCCAUACUAAAGCAUAUAUCCCACGGGGGCAAGCCAGCAAGUGCCUGUGUAGAUCUCUGCACCCACACCAGCGUGAGACCCCUGGUGAGUUGAGCAGCCUUGCAAUGGUUUCUAAUACUGCCUCUCUUAAGGCAUACUGACACAAGCAGAGUGCUAGCCAAGGGAGAUGGGAGCUGUCAGAUUCCAGCCUGGGAAAAUGCCAGCAUCACUUUCUGAGCCUGCUACCUCCGGGCAAUGUUGCUGAAGAAUUGUUUAUAUGCCAGUUCAGGGUUUCAUUUCCGUAUCUCUGGAUUUUUGUGUGUGCGCGUGUGAAUUUUGUUAACUGCCUCCCGUGCACAUUUGUGCAACCACAUAACACAGUGCCUCGCCCAUUGUGGGCUCCCGUCAGCUACAAAGCCCCUUUCCGGGAUUAAAUAAACUUUUUAUAAGAAAGAAGAAGCAAAUCUUGUCUUUCGUUCUUACAUGGAUCAAUCGUAGUGCUCUGCAUUUCUGGCAGGGCUGGAUUUGGGUUUGAUGAGGCCCUGAAGGUAUUAAUGGGGCCCUUUAUAUGUCCAGCUGUCCUUUGUCAACAACAAAUCAUUGCUGUUUAUUGUGUUGAAUGUAUGCUAUAUAGUAAUUUAUGGACCUAAUGGGUAUCUAAAGCCAUUUGCGCAUGCAGAAUGUAGGCACCCUAUAUACUGUAUAGAAAUGAGCAAACCAGUGAUAUUUUAGGGAGCGGGCUAGCAGACAGGGCCCAUUACUUACAUUAUAGGAGCUGCUUGUUUAGUCAUUUAGUCGUGUCCGACUCUUCAUGACUCCAUGGACCAGAGCACGCCAGGCACUCCUGUCUUCCACUGCCUCCCACAGUUUGGACAGACUCAUGUUGUAGCUUCGAGAACACUGUCCAACCAUCUCGUCCUCUGUCGUCCCCUUCUCCUUGUGCCCUCAAUCUCCCAGCAUCAGGGUCUUUUCCAAGGAUUCUUCUCUUCUCAUGAGGUGGCCAAAAU